CUCUUCCCUCGUUAACUAACUGCACCCUCUUACUCCUGAAGCUCUACUUUCUACUGUUCAUAACAAAAAUCAUACAAUGGCUGCUGAAAACCCUCCCUCGCAGAGCCGUCUCUCGACGCGGAUUUCCAUCCGCUGGGUCCCCGAGCCCGCCUUCGAGAAUACCGACACGAUAGUCAUGUCGGUCGCAGGCUGGUACGUCGACCUGCGCGUUGACAAGGCUUCCGGGGAUAUCGACUGGGCUAUUGCAGGCCAGAGAGUUGUCGAUGAUGCGGACUCCAGUCGGGUGUCGUUCACCCAUGAACUCGACUCUAGGAACUCGUUUGACGCGGUUGACUGCGGUACAUUCUCCGCUCUUCCUAAUGGCGAUGAUCUUGAGAAAGGUGAAAUGCCUCGUGCCGACCUACCUGGCUCCCCGAUCGCAGAGUAUGAGGAGGUCUGGCGUGAGUUGAAAUUCCGGGAGGGACCGGAGGGCCACAAUACGGGUGUUUCGUGGGUUCUUGAAUCGAAGCAGAAACCCCUAGACGAAGGGGAGGAAGCCGAAGUGGAGAGGACUUUCCUUGGGAGGGUUUGGGGUACGUACUUGGCUCUGCGCCAGGUUCAGAUACAUACUCGUCCCAGAGGUUCUUCUACGACGGUCGUUAAAUCGGGACAAGAAGUCAGUGCUAGGAGGGAAGAAUGGGACUCUGCUUCCGGUUGGCAGCUCAAGUACUCCAUCGGUCCCGCCGGAGCUCAGCUACCAUCUACGACUCAAAUUCUCGAGGAUAGCUCGUGGCAAAUUGGCCAGACAGUUAUACUUGCAGGAAAAGACUACAUCGUCAGAGGGUUCGAAAGAAUAGUCUAAGGACGUAGCGGUAGCGAGCCUUGCCAGCGUCCAUCUCCACAACGGCCUUGUUGGCGUCCUUCAUAGAGCGCUCCUCGAUCCAGGGCUGGACCUUCUUCUCGGCAGCCAGGGCAAGCAUCUCACGGAUCUCGUUGGGGCCUCCGAUGAG